AUGGCGAACGAGCGCGAGAGCAAGACCUUCCUUGCCCGGCUGUGCGAGCAGGCUGAGCGCUACGAUGAGAUGGUGGGCUACAUGAAGGAAGUCGCGAAGAUCGGGGGCGAGUUGACCGUGGACGAGCGCAACCUCCUCUCGGUGGCAUACAAGAACGUCGUCGGCACGCGUCGCGCCUCGUGGCGCAUCAUCUCCAGCAUCGAGCAGAAGGAGGAGGCCAAGGGUUCGGACAAGCACGUCGGCAUCAUCCGCGACUACCGUCAGAAGAUCGAGACGGAGCUGGAGAAGGUCUGCCAAGAUGUGCUGGACGUGCUCGAUGAGAGCCUCAUCCCCAAGGCGGAGACGGGCGAGAGCAAGGUCUUCUACCAUAAGAUGAAGGGUGACUACCACCGCUACCUGGCUGAGUUCGCAUCUGGCGAGAAGCGCAAGACCGCUGCCACUGCUGCGCACGAGGCCUAUAAGAACGCCACCGACGUCGCUCAAACCGAGCUCACCCCAACCCACCCCAUCCGCCUCGGCCUGGCCCUCAACUUCUCCGUCUUCUACUAUGAGAUCCUCAACUCGCCCGACCGCGCUUGCCACCUCGCCAAGCAGGCCUUUGACGACGCCAUCGCCGAGCUGGAUUCCCUCUCCGAGGAGUCGUACCGCGACAGCACGCUUAUCAUGCAGCUUCUGCGUGACAACCUUACUCUCUGGACCUCGUCGGACGGUGCCGAGCCCGAGGCUGCCGCGGCCGCGGGCGAGCAGAAGGGCGAGGAGAAGGCUCCCGCCGGCACGACGGAGGAAAAGCCGGCUGCUGCUGAGACGGACGCUGCUGCGCCCGCCUCUUAA